AUGUCCAAAGCAGCGACUGCCCGCCGACAUGCACCUCUCGAAGACGACAUCACUGCUUCUGGGGGCAGACUGCGGACUAAAUCAAUCACUGGAAAGAGAAAAUCGAGAUCGGAUGAAAACGCACAAGGAGAUGGCUAUAUCGACUCUCGAUCCUCACGGAAAAUCUUGGCUAUAGCUCAAGAUCUUGUCGAGGAAGAUGCAGCAGAAGGACGGGCAACCAGAGCAAGAUUCACAUCCCCGACAAAUGGAGCAUUCAGCUUCGAUUCGAGGUUUGCGGUAGACGACCAAGACGAGAAUGAAGGUGUGGAAGGAGACUCGCGGCUCGAUGAUGAAGAGGAAUGGAUACCGGAGGAUGACGAUGCGGCGGCCCCCGAGGAUGACAUGGACCCAGAAGAGAUGGCUGUUUACAAAAGGUUUCUUCAAGACGGUGAAGAAUUGGCCGACUUUGCCCCGUCAAUUGCAAACCUCACCACCAGAGACGCACUUGCGACCGACGGCAGACAUAGGGACCAGCAACAGAGAGUCAGUGGGGGUGCGGAGGAAGAAGACGAAGAAGGCACAGGUCAAACGACAAAUCUUGCAGACUUGAUCCUGCAACGUAUCGCGGAGAAGGAGGCAUUCGAAGCAUCCCGCUCAGCCGACCAACCACAGCUGCUUGUGGGCGGUGGCCCUAUGGAAGAUGCCGUGGAAAUUCCCAUGAAAGUCGUCGAGACAUUUACCAAGGUCGGGCAGCUCCUGACCCGCUACAAGUCCGGACCUCUUCCCAAGCCUUUCAAAGUCCUCCCGACGCUGCCUCAGUGGCCGGAGCUCUUGUCCAUUACAAGACCUGAGAAUUGGACACCACACGCCGUCUACCGCGCGACCAAGAUCUUCAUCUCUGCCCCAGCGGCCACAGGCCAGCACUUUUGCGAAACUGUACUGCUGGACCGCGUGAGGGAGGAUAUUCAAGAGACCAAGAAACUCAAUGUCCAUCUCUACAACGCCCUCAAAGCCGCCUUUUACCGGCCCUCGGCCUUCUUCAAGGGGUUUUUGUUCCCGCUGGUCCAAUCGAGCUGCACGCUCCGCGAGGCGCACAUCAUCUCGUCGGUGCUGGCCAAGAUCAAGAUCCCCGUGCUCCAUUCCGCCGCGGCCCUCCUUCGGCUCUGCGAGAUCUCAGCGGAACAGACCGCAAACGUGAACAGCGAGGCCGCCGGCGCCGCCAACAUCUUCAUCCGCGUCCUGCUGGCGAAGAAAUACGCGCUGCCGUACAAAGUCGUGGACGGCCUCGUGUUUCACUUCCUCCGCUUCCGCGCCUCCAAGGAGCAGGAUCCGGACCACGAGGUCCUGGGUUCCAAAGAAGCCAAACUGCCCGUCCUGUGGCACCAGAGCCUCUUGAUCUUUGCGCAGACAUACCGGAACGAAAUCACCGAGGAUCAACGAGAAGCGCUCCUGGACCUGCUGUUGGUUCGGGGCCACAAAGAUAUUGGGCCCGAGGUCAGACGCGAGUUGUUGGCCGGGAGGAACCGAUCAUCUGCAGAUGGACAAGGUGGUGGAGAGAUGCAGCUCGACGCGCGAGAGAAGAGGGACGACGGCGACGACACUAUGGACAUGACGGGUUGA